UCAUCGACCAGGAUUUACUUUCACUUUGGUCACGCGGAGAAGGAGAUUAAUUUCCUAAGUGGAUACAAGGAUAAAUACUUGGAAUGACAAGUGAUGAGGAUGAACUAUUGUCUGACCUGCAACAUAGCCUGGAAAAUAUUCUAGAUGUAGAGGAAGAUAUCUUGAAGUUUUCUCGUAAUGCUAUUAAAGAAACCAAUGGUGCCCAUGAUUUUGUAAAUGGAAAAAUCAGCAAGUUAUUUGGACUUGCUUCAGCUUACAGAAAGGCUUUUGAAAGAUUGAAAGUUAAAAACAAGAAAGAUUUUGAUCAAGUUGUAAAGAGACACUUCAGGCACCAUGACAUCCAGGACUUGGAACAAAGCAUCAAUGACACAGAGUCAGAGUGGGAUGAGCUUCUCCAAGACCUUGACCAACAGCUACAGCAGGGAGGAGUCAGCGCACUGUGUGUUGGACAAGACGGGCCGACUGAUGUUAUCUUAGAGGAUGCAAGGACAGGUACCACAACUACAUUAUCACAGCAUCUCACAUCUAACCAUCUUAUCCUUAUACUGCUGCGACAUUUUGCCUGACUCCCAUGACGAGAGCAUAUCACCCUUCUGGAAAAAGCUGAGAAGGACAUUUUUGCACAAAACAGCAAAAUUGUCCUUAUCUCAUUUGGAGUACGGGAGGGAGCUCUCCAGUGGUUGAAGGAGACAAAUUGUCAAUAUCCCAUGCUGUUAGAUACAGAGCGAAAGAUUUAUUCAGCUUUUGGUCUCAAAAGAUCUGUUUAUAAGGUGUGGAGUGUCAGUGCAAUGUUAUUUUAUGCAGAGAAAAUGACCCAAGGUGUACCUCUACCAAAGCCAUAUGAAAAUGUCCAUGAUGACACUCAACAGAUGGGAGGAGACUUUAUAUUAGACAAGGAGGGUAAAGUGCAGUUUGUGUACUGUAGCCAGCAAUCAUGGGACAGACCUUCUGUGGACCUCCUUCUGCAGACCCUUAAGGGUGACAAGAUUACACAAUAACUGGUCAUUCAACCUAAAAAUUGAUGAAGAUUACAGUUAAAAGCGAUUUGCGUCGUUGCCUGUGAUUAGAUGGAAUUCUUUAGAGUUGGAAACACCAGCAGCAUGUAUUUAAAAGUGUUCAUAUUAUAAUACCGGUUACUUGAUCCUUGACAUAGUGAAAACCCCCCCUAUAAGCUGGUACUCUGAUCAGUUUUAAUCAACUAUCAGUGAUUUUAUGUAAAAACAUGUAUAAAGUUACAAAAGUUAAAUACCAAUAAUUGCAGCAUUCUGUGAUACUUGUGAUAUAAACCUAUAUUUAUCAUUUCUGUAUUCAUUAUGCAUACCAGAUACAUUGACAUGUAUCAUUGGCUCGCAUAAAUAAUUAA